AAUUGAAGGAAAUAUACGAGAAUUGAUUGCAAAUUUAAUCAGAGUGCUUGGUAAUUCCCUUCGUAACAACAGAUUUUUUCCUCAACCAGGUUUUUAUCUGGAAAAACAAAUGUCUGAGAAACUUCGUCAAUAAGAUUUAUCGCUGGUAAGAAUGAGAGGAUAACCUUUGAGUUACUCAAAGCGAGUUGGUAUAAAAUCGAACAGGGUGUGUGGGGAUGCCGGAAAUCGCAUCAAGCAAACAGUCGUUCCUAAGUCAUAGCUGCAGAAACUCGGCAGUUUUUUCUCCAUUCGCGAGGAUUGAUCGAGUCGUUGAGCCUGCAACGGAAAUAGUACAUCCACACGUCAGCUAUGGCGGUCAGACUAAUCGCGAUUCAAACGCUGCUGUGCCUUGUAUCUUAUACUUUGGGGCAACAAGCUUGCUUCGAUUCCUUCGCCGUCGUGCCCGCUCGUACAGCAACCGGAGCAUCUGGAAACGCAGAUCCGACCUACAUUCUUCGAAAUCCACUGGUUGUCAGAAGAGACGACUACACGUACUUUCCGGGCAUCGGUGGCUAUAAGCUUCACUCAAGAGCAGUUUCGUGGAACCAAGCUCGAAUCACCUGCGAAGAGGAAGGCGGGCACCUGGCCAUCAUCAAUUCUUUGGCCGAGAGGGAUGCAGUGGUGAAGGUGCUCGAACCAAUGAAGCUAAAUCUGGAUUAUGUCAGUCUCGGCUUCCACGACCUUUACGAGGAGGGCCACUACGUCACUAUCCACGGGGAAACUCUAGCCAGGGCUGGGUUCGACGAAUGGGCGGACGGAGAACCCAAUAAUCGACAUGGCCUUGAAAAUUGUGGAUCUUGGUACAUAAGUGGCGGGCUGAAUGAUCACAAAUGCAGUGUACUACUGCCUUUCGUGUGCGAGCUACCAAUCCAUUGACAGUGGUUGGAAAAGCGUUAAGCAGAUUGCAAGAGGCGUCAACAAAGCAAAAUAUGUAAUCAAAUCAGAAUUUUAAAACAAAAACUCAUGUUGAUAUACAAUAUAAGCCGUGAAAAUGUAAUGAAAAAUCAAAACUU